AGCUAUAGAGUGCCUUGAACUUGCUGUCAGACAUAUUCGAUCUGAUUUUCAUAAUUUAUCUCUCAGCCUGUGAAGUGUUAUUCCAAAAUGUCGUCUUUGGCUCCUUGUUUCACCGUGGGAUCUAUAGUGCGCUGCAAAACUUGUUUUGGCGAUAAUAUUUUAGGAGAGGUGGUUUCUUUUGAUCUGGGCGUUAAAAUGCUUAUGAUGAAGUGUCCAUCCAGCAAAGGAGGUGGUGACGAACAGACCAUUUGCAACCUGACCAUUGUGAAUCUUUCCCUGUGCGUGGACAUUGAGAUUGUCAAGGAAAUGCUGCCCUUAGAGAAUGUACAACCCCCAGAACCGAUCAAUAUCCAGAAGCUUCAAGAGCGGUUCCUACGUGCAAUCGAACAUCGUACGAUUUUCUGCCGUAGCUAUCAUCCCCAUGCAUCUCCUUUUGGUCAAGCCCUUUAUAGGUUCAUGGUCAAGCAUUUCGGUAAUGCUGCAGUCAAGUGGUACAGCCAAGGCGAUAAUGUAGCCAUCGUUAUACUGAACCAGGUGAUCAUAGAACCGCCGUAUGCAGUUGGAAAUAUCAGAUGCCAGGGGUGGGAACCCAAAUUAGCUAUAUACGUCCAACGCAUCGUAGCAGACUUCCACAAUAAACAACAAUAAAACGACGCCCGUGCCCAUGGCAACAGUCG